CUCUCUCUCUCUCACACACACACACACACACACAAGCUGUGUCUUCCAAUUUAAUCACAAAUUCCACCGGACAGCUCAGCGUCGUCCCCCGUCAAAUCAGCCUGAGAUAUCAGUCUUCCAGCAGCUUUUAUUGUUAAUCACUGACGGUGCAUUUAAUGAGCGGCCUGUGUGUCAGGAUACUGGCCUUAUUUGGUGCAUGCAGACUCACUGUGGAGCUAAACAGGCCCAAGGGUGUGCCACAGAGUAUAAAUAGUUGAACAAAGGCCCUUUUGGAGCGACAAGAGGCCGAAACCUGAAACUUGGAGAGAUUCCUCCCUCUGGUAACUCUAUACGCUGACACACACUGAGAGGCUGGACAGACUGUCCAGCACCAUAGAGUGAUUUAGAUCCUGAGAGGGUGAAGAGACAAGGCAGCAGGGCAUAUGCCUUCUGCACUGCCACUGUCAGGUUUUUCAGGUGCUUAAGAAGACCAGAUCAGCAAGAAGACCCACCCACCCCUCCUUCCAGCACUUGUAUCAGCUGGAGAUUUUAAAAAAAGUAGAAGAAGAGGACACUGGUGUGGACCACACCCAGAGUCCGGACAGCCUCAGGGAAGAGUCUCCUCUUAACCUUCAGGACUUUUAUUCAUAGUCAGGACGUCUUUGGCAUCGUAGCGCUCAUCACCGAGCAGGAAGAGCUGCUGCAGAUCUGUCUUGUGUCUCCCAUUCUCAAGUGUGAGUGUGUGUGUGUGUGUGGUGUGUGUGUGUGUGUGUGGUGUGUUUGGACGCCGUUGAGAGCCGCCACCAGUGUUCUUUCUCCUGUCAGGAUGGCUGCAGUGCAAGACCUGCUGCUGGUGCCCCUGGCCCUCCUGGCGCUUCAAGCGUCUCUGUGCCACGGAGCCUGCGUGGAGUUGGACUCGGACACAGAGGCCGUUGCCAUGGAAGGCUUCAAACUGGGCUGCAUCUCCUGUAAGAUGAGGGGCGAGGUGCCCGCCACGGCCAGCGUCAACUGGUACUUCAAGGCUAAAGAUGAGACCGAGUUCUCUCACUUAUACAGCUUUGAGGACCAAACACCCGAGAUCAUAGACCCACGUUUCUACGGCCGCCUGGGCUGGAACGGCAGCAAGAACACCAAGGACCUACAGGACGGCUCCAUCUACAUCCUCAAUGUGACCUUCAAUGACACGGGGACCUACGAGUGCAUAUUCAGCCGCAACCUCAUCUAUACCAACUACGAGUUUCAAACCAACGCCAGCAAGAUCAUCGUCAUGAAGGUGGUGCCACGACUCACCAGGGGACUGGCAUCCAUCUUGUCUGAGGUGAUGAUGUACGUCUCCAUCAUCGGGCUGCAGCUCUGGCUGGUGGUUGAGAUGAUUUACUGCUACAGGAAGAUUGCGGCAGCAGGGGAGGAAGCUCUGAGAGAGAGCGCGUCAAGAAAGAACUCGAGAAUGCUUCAUUGAGGAAUCUCACAUCCACUCUCGUGCCCUCUCCUCUCACCGUCACUCACCUCCCGCCAUCCUCUCCACAUGACGGAAAGACAGAACCACAGAGAGGAGAAAGAUCUUCAAGAAAAAGGUUUUUAUUUUUGAGUGACUUCCUGCAAAAGGCUGAACUGUAUCCUGUUCUGAGGGACAGGAGAGAUGCUGCAUCAGGUCGUGGUCCAGCAGGACAGAGGAGGAGGAGGAGAGUUGUCAUGUAUAUACGUGUAUAAGUAUGCACAGAUAAUCUUUGAACACAUGUAGAGUAUAUUAUAGGCCUACGUUGUAUAUCCACUAUCUGCAUGCUUACAAGCUUAAUCAAAACAGCCGGCAUCAUGCUUCUGGUCUUCUGUCUCGCUCAUGUUUACGAGUUUUUAUGCAGUUUUGUCAUAUUUGAUUUUGUGUGUUGACAUUGGGCUUUGAAUGAUACAGGUUUUACAAACUCUUAUUGUCAACUGAUCCAGUGUCAGUGUUUCCCUGCAGGUUUAUGAAGCUGAAAAUUCAAAAUGCUUAAUAACAGAAAAAAUAUUUUAUUUUUAAACACCAGUGAGACUAAAUUUGACUGCUCUUAGUAAAACUCUGCUGCUGCUCAGCUGAUCUUUUGCUCAGAUAUAUAUAUAUACAUACUGUGUGUAUAUCUAUAUGUAUAUAUCCAGCAAAAAAAAACAUAGGGCGUUUUUGUUGGAUUCCAUUAAAAUCAGCCUCAUAAAACAGAAUUUAAACAAACAGGACACAAUAAAUGGAAAAUACAAAUAUUGAUUUUCAUUUUCUUCUUCAAAUAUUUUUAAUAGAUCAGAUUAUAAUGCUUUUCGUUUUCAUUAAAGCAUGAUGACAGGCCUUUUCAGCAGACCACCACCCUGUUUAAAGCUUGCAGCUGAGUUUACUUCGCUCUUCAAAGUUACUGAGGAAAUAUCUCACUAGAUUCAAGUGAUGAGGGGUGAAACCAGCACCAAAGUGUGACUUCCUGUGACAUUUUAGAAGAUGAUGCCCGCUUUAAUGCACCCGAACCAAAAAAAAAGAAAAGAAAAGGGAGAAAAAGCAGCUUUGCCAGUUUAUCUGAAGUGACAUGAAAGCGUCAAGGUGUAAUUUCACAUGUUUAAGUGUCUUUGUUGAAAUUUAAGGGCUUGGCAAAUUGCUAUUAAUCUCACUGCCGUGGGCAAAUGCGCCACAACACCUGUCCAGCGUGCCUCCCAGCCGGUGGAAACCAAGAGGAAAGAGGAAAGAAGCCUUGCUAUAAAUCUUUAGAGUAGCAGCUGCACUCGCUUCUCUUUCCAGACAACCAGUUAUUGACCAUGGCCAACACUAGAUGGCAGCCAAACACUGCCGUUCUGCAUGUUCACCGUUCAUCCCUUUUGUACCAAAACUGACUGAGAUACAUUAUGAGACACUUGAGAAGGGGACACACACACAAACUGAGAAAUCCAUUCAGAAUGGCUGCAUGAUGGGAUGAGCAAAGGCUGCCACAGGCCUCUGAUUUUUCUCAGUACAGACUGUUCAAUGAGAUACAGAGAGAAAGACAACGAGUGACAUUUCCUUCGAAGGCCGUUCGAGCAGUUUUAUACACCACUUACUUACUUAUGUCAUCGUAACACCUUUUGCUGCAUGGAUGAACCCAACAGUGAAAGGAGAAUCACACUGCCACGUUGUUGGUCUGCUUUGUGUCCACGUGCUUCCUUUCAGCAGCGAAUAAAACUGUAGUUCAUGUGUAGAUGUGGAGGAAAAGACACAGAAAGAAAUAAAAUUCUUGUGAGGAAAUUAUCUGUGUCUCAUUUGGAUUCUUUCGAUCACAGAAUCAACACGUGAUAAAAAGUUUGACGCAGGUUUUUAGUAAAUUCUGUCCACACAUCAAAAGGAAACUGAUUUGUCAUGUUGUAUUUCUUUCUAAAUUUUAUUCCCCUCAGGUCAUUAACGUCUUAUUAAAAAAGGCCCCAGUGUCCACCAUGGCAGGGGAGUGUCCAGAGGGUGGCCUGAGGUGGCACUGGCCACAUCUUAACUCUGAUUGGCCAACCCAAGUGCUGUCCCAUCAUCCUAAAGUAUGAUUGGAUAUCUGCCCAGUGAGAGGCGGACCUUAGUUUGACAUGUAGCUUUGAAUGUUAUGUUCUUCUG